AUGGCGACCAUUUUUAAUCGGCGCAACGGGAACCAUGUAUUUCGAGUCCCUACUAAAGCUAACGGUUGGGCGUCCCUCGUCAACUGUUGGCACCAGCAAGUUUAUAACGACCUGCCAGUUGAUUACGAUUGCGUGCAGACUGGUGCUGAUCAUGAACCUCAAUGGACCGCUACUCCACGGAUUCUUGGCGAACGCAAUGAUGAUUAUCGAGCCACUGGAGCCAAGAAGAGCGAAGCGAUAGAAGAGUCCGCUAGGCUAAUCGCUGCCUCUGGGCACUGUUAA